CAAGCCGAGCGAGCUAUGGUUUGCACUGCCGACGAUUUACAAGAAUGGAAAGACUUUCCUAAGGGUCUGAGAGUUCUUCUCCUUGAUCGGGACGGCCAUUCCGCAGCCGAGAUAACAUCAAAACUUGAGGAAAUGGAGUAUGUUGUCUGUUACUGUAGUGAUGAGAAGGAAACUUUGUCAACAAUUUUGAACACAUCGGAAAACUUCCAUGUUGCAAUUCUGGAGAUGUGCAAAGGAAAUUAUGAUGAGAGUUUUAAAUUGCUUGGAAGUUCCAAGGACUUGCCAAUCAUAAUGAUUUCAGAUGUCUAUUGCCUAAGUACCAUGAUGAAGUGCAUUGCGCUUGGUGCAGUUGAGUUUUUGCUGAAACCACUCUCUGAGGACAAAUUGAGGAAUAUCUGGCAGCAUGUCCUUCACAAGGCAUUUUCCAGUACACCGAAGCCUGAAGUAGACUCCGCAGCAUCCUUGAUGCAGCUCCAAUUAGAGAGUGAAGACAAUACUGGAGUUCUGGAAGAUACGGAAGUUCUUUCUUGGAUUCAAGACGUUGUAUGGGAGCAAGAGCAACCAGAAGGAAGUGUUAUAUAUCAACUGAACCAGGGAUCAUCGUUGCAAGGUUGCUGGGAAAGUGAAAAUCAAAUGAACCGUCCAAUGGAAACAGAUUGCAGUGACAAAGAUGUGCGGUCUAACUUCGUCGAAACUGCUUCACAUGAUUUGGUUUGUGAAGACACCCUUCAGGAGGGCCAACCUCGAUUAUCUGGCGAGAAUAAAUCUGGCGUCAAAAGUGGUCCUUCAGCCGCUGAGCACUCAAUCCAAGGAUCUGAUGUAAACCCUUCAGCUAGUUCCAAAGCGAGGAAAACAAAGGUGGACUGGAGCCCAGAGCUACAUAGAAAGUUUAUUCGGGCAGUCGAACAGUUAGGCAUAGAUCGUGCAAUUCCUUCCAAAAUACUUGAGCUGAUGAAAGUUGAAGGUUUGACAAGGCACAACGUUGCAAGUCAUCUCCAGAAGUACAGGAUGCAAAGGAAACAUGUGAUGCAGAGAGAAGAAAAUCUAACAAGAUAUUCAAUGCAAACCAAUCACUCCCCACCAAUCAUGGCUUACCCUUCUUAUCCUUACUGUGGAAUAUCCAUGUCUACCGUCUAUCGAACAUGGACGCAGACCAAUGGCCAUCCAGCUAAUGUCAACAUGCGGGGUCCGCCUGAUUAUCGCCAUUGGCCGCAACCAGGAACUCAGCCAUGGAACUCUUAUGCUGGGAUGCAAGCUGAUGCAUGGGGUUGCCCUGUGAUGCUGCCUUCUCGUGCUCCAUAUUUUUCAUAUCCUCAGCAAAUUUCAGCAUCACACAACGUUUAUACAGCAAAUAAGGGCUAUGGCACGCCUCAAAUUUCAUUUGAUCUUCAACCAAAUGAGGAGUUGAUUGACGAGAUUGUAAAUGAGGCAAAGAGGAAACCAUGGUCACCUCUUCCAUUGGGGCUUAAACCUCCUUCUGCAGAGAUUCUUGUGGAAGAGCUUCCAAAGCAAGGAAUCUCCACUCUUACUCCCCAAAUCAACGCCUUCAAUCCUCCCUGAUCCCACUCUCUCCACCUUCUUACUAUAAAUAUGUUUGGGUUAAAUUAUAAAAUAAAUUUAUGUACUUUCGAUUUUUUAUUUGAGGUAUCAUUCAAAUUUUUUAUUUUUUAUUUUUUAAAAAAUGAAUCUAUCCAAACUUUUUAAACGACUCAUUGAAAAAUCUACAAAGAGCAAACAUGUGACAAAAAAGUUGAGUUUGGUGCGUUGAAAAGCUUGUGUGUUUUUUGUAUUAGACUAGUUUUGACGAGUAAGGUGAAGUGAUUUGUCACCCAGCGCUGUUGGCAAAGAUAUGGUUACCUGCCUGUGAUCUUUUCUUGGCCCCAUUUCCUCCCUUGUGGCCGGCUACUUUACCAAGUCGCCACGAUGGACCAAUAAAAUCAAGCCUUCAUGUA